UCUCUAAAUUACUGGUUCCUUGAGUUGUCUCUUCGGACGCAACGCCGAGUUUCUUUUCAACAAUAACUUAUUUAACCAGUUAAAUUCCAAAAUGAAACGGAAGACGAGCGAGAUUUGGUGCUUUUUCCGGGCCGUGGACGACACGUUUGCGCUCUGCAACAUCUGCAAGGCGAAGCUGUCCUACAAGACGACCACCACAAAUUUAAGCAAACAUAUGAACAGAAUGCAUCCAACGUCGGCGCUGCAAAAUGACAGGUACAAAAUCCAUAGCCAAGGCAGUAGUGCCAUGGAUAGGAACAAGGGGAAGCCUCGAAACUCGGCGCAGGAGGUUAUCAUGCUGGACUUUGUUAAGAAGCAUCCGCGCCUGUUGCAGAAUCCGACGUGGGAGACCCGGAACAACCUUGAGUCGCUGUGGGAGCAGUUGACCUCCGACCUUAAUCGUCAUGGGCCGCCGCGAAAGGAUGUGGCCACCUGGAAAAGGGCGCUAAAGGACUGGAAAAGGUUUAUCCUGAAGAAGGUGGAGAAGAAUGAGUUGCACAACGUACCAUUCGGCACCAGUCUCAGUUCGUCGGAGGAAACGAUAGCCACAUUGUGCCGCCUCAACGAAGAUGUUAGUCAAAUAAUCAUGAAGGUUUCCGACGACGAAAUGCAUGAGAAUUCCACAAACGAGUUCGACGUGGACGAUGUGGAAGACGUAGUCCCAGAGGACGAUAGUGGCGCCCUUCAGACCUCCACCGAGUACGUUUACGAGCCGGAUGAGAGCAAAGUAGACAUAGACCCCCUUUACCUGCAGUCAAGCAAGAGGGCCGCAUUGGCCAGCAGUCGAGUGGCGGAUGAGGACACCACGUUGCUGGAGAAGAUCAGCAAUAACAUUGGCAUGGUCCAUGAUGCAGCCAACAGCGCUCAUCUCGCUCUUAAUGAGUUUUUCGUCCUGUACAAACAGAAGCUGUACGAGGACAAGCGCCACCACCUCGCCAUGGAACAACUGAUGGCCGAAAAAAUAGAAAUAAAAAAGAAACUCUUGGAAAUCGAGCAGCGGAAGUUGUCGCUGAAAUGACGGGAUUCACACACAAUAAACUAAUAACAAAGGUAGUCUUAAUACCCUUAUCAUUAAAUAAACUAAGUAUUCCAUUAAAAUGUUGCCUAAUAUUA